UUUAGCAAGAACAGUUAAGUUUGCGUGUAUGGUAAAGAGCAAUAACUAAAGAUAAAGAAAAAUGCCAAGUGAAAUAAUAACCCUUCAAUUGGGCCAAUGCGGCAAUCAAAUUGGUUUCGAGUUCUGGAAGAGAUUGUGUCUGGAGCACGGCAUCUCCCCAGAUGGCGUCCUGGAAGACUUCGCUACCGACGGUCAGGAUCGAAAGGACGUGUUCUUCUAUCAGGCGGAUGACAAUCACUACAUUCCACGCGCAGUGCUUAUAGAUUUGGAGCCGCGAGUCAUCAACAACAUCAUGACCUCGCCGUAUGCCAAGCUGUACAACCAGGAGAACGUGUAUCUCUCGAAGCACGGCGGAGGAGCCGGCAACAACUGGGCCUCCGGAUUCAGCCAGGGCGAGAAGGUGCAGGAGGAGGUGUUCGAUAUCCUGGAUCGCGAGGCGGAUGGCAGCGAUUCGCUGGAGGGAUUCGUACUGUGUCACUCAAUUGCCGGCGGCACUGGUUCCGGCAUGGGAUCGUAUGUGCUGGAGAGACUAGCAGAUCGCUUUCCCAAGAAGCUCAUCCAGACGUACAGCGUCUUCCCCAACCAGGACGAGAUCAGCGACGUGGUCGUGCAGCCCUACAACUCGAUUCUCACACUGAAGCGACUGACCAAGUGCGCGGAUAGUGUGGUGGUCCUCGAUAAUACCGCCUUGAAUCGCAUCGCCACAGAGAGGCUGCACAUCCAGACGCCCACCUUCACGCAGAUCAACAACCUGGUGUCCACCAUCAUGAGCUUGAGCACCACCACUCUGCGAUAUCCCUCGUACAUGAACAACAAUCUGAUCGGAUUGGCGGCAGCGCUUAUUCCGACGCCGCAGCUGCACUUCCUGAUGACUGGCUAUACCCCACUGAUCACCGAUUGUGAGACCAAAACGAGUGUGCGAAAGACCACCGUGCUGGAUGUGAUGCGUCGUUUGCUGCAGUCCAAGAACAUGAUGGUGUCCGCGACGGCGGACAAACAAAGCCGACACUGUUUCAUCUCCAUCCUGAACAUCAUCCAGGGCGAAGUGGAUCCCUCGCAGGUGCACAAGUCGCUGCAGCGCAUCCGGGAGCGGAAGCUGGCCAACUUCAUACCCUGGGGUCCGGCCAGCAUCCAGGUGGCCCUGCCGCGUAGCUCCCCGUAUGUGCAGUCGGCCCACAAGGUCUCCGGACUGAUGCUGGCCAACCACACCGGGAUCAGUGGGCUCUUCAAGCGGGCCCUGGCCCAGUACGACAAGCUGAAGAAGCGGAACGCCUUCCUGGACAACUUCCGGCGCGAGUCCAUGUUCCGGGACGAUCUCACCGAACUGGACCUGGCCCGGGAAACGGUCGACUGCCUGGUGCAGGAAUACGAGGCGGCCACCCAGAUGGACUAUCCCCAGUGGAGUCCUGGCAUCGAAGCAUCCAAGGCCGGUUGAUUUCCGAUAUGCUUACUCGAAAAUAUAAUAAUUAUUUAUCUCAUCAACA